GCGUGGGACAGGGAAGAGAAAUGGCUGCAGUGGAGUCAGUCCAGGGGCUGGUGACCUUCAAGGAGAUGGCUAUGUAUUUCACCAGGGAAGAGUGGGCUCUGCUGGACCCCACUCAGAGAGCCCUCUACUGGGAUGUCAUGCAGGAGAACUAUGAGACUGUGACCUCGCUGGGCCAGAGAAUAACAUCCAUGUUUCGCUGCAGAUCAUCUCGUCCUCCCAGGGGCAAGGAAAUGGCUGCAAUGGAGCUGGCUCAGGGGCCGGUGACGUUCGAGGAGGUGGCUGUGUAUUUCUCCAGGGAAGAGGGGACUCUGCUGGACCCCACUCAGAGAGCCCUCUACAGAGAUGUCAUGCAGGGGAACUAUGAGACGAUGGUCUUGCUGGGUAAGGAUUCCUGUCCCUUCUGUUCUUGGAAGGGGAAAUGAAGAGUGAAGGUUCAUGCCACCCCCACAAUGCCAUCUGUACCCUGUCCUGUUUCAGCAUCACCCCAAUAGGCCAGUAACAUACAUACUACCAGAGACCCUCCUCUGCUGCAGAACACUUUGGGAACAGAGCACAGGAGCAGCAUCACACAAUGUCACAUAUCUCCUCUUUACUCAAGUAAAACUGGGGUUAGGUCCAGCAUAAUGAACAGAAGCUUCCUACCCCCAGCCUUCUCUCAAACCCUGAGCCUUCUCUACCCAAACCAGAAUGUGCUUGGGGUGUAACAAGCAGGCGGCUGGAGUCAGAGCUGCCAGUCCAGGGUU